CCCUCGUGGCCAUCCAGUUAUCAAGGAUACAGCGAUUUGGGCUCGCAGCGUCUCGUCUGCGACAGCGCGCUCGGCUGCGCGUGUUGGCGGCAUGGGCCCAGCCGUGACUGCGCACCUGCCCCUGGGCCGCGUGCACGUGGACGUGCCGAUGAGCCGCGGCGAGCACGCGCAGUGGCCCAGGAUGCCGAAGCGCUCGACGACUUUCCACCCAUCGACUUUGUGGGGAUCGAGCCAGCUGAAUCCGGGGGCAAAUGCAGGUAAACCCAAGCAGAUGCAGAUACUUCGAGGUAAAUCCAGGUAGAUCCGGGGAGAUCCAGGUAAAUCCAUGGACCUUCAGGGACAGUUGGAGCAAAUUCCGGCCGCUCUGGCGCGAGUCGAAGGACGGCAGAAGUCGUUAGGCUUUUCACGAUAGGACGGCAGUCCCCACCCAGGCCUUGGAGGCGGCAGCGCAGGAUUGGUACGAGUACCGCGACGGCAGCUGCCUCGUGGCGGCCUGGAACAGCUACCAGGGCAUCUCCCUUGCCACAGCGCUGUGCUUCGCCGCCGCCGCCCUCGCGAUGCUCGCUGGGGGGCCAGCAGCCGGCACGUGCAGAGCGUCACCCUUGCGUGAAUUGUGUCCAGACUCAGGAGAUGCGGGAAAGGAAGGGAUGGUGUACUCCAUCAUCGUGGCGCUCAACAUCGUCGGGCUCGCUUACGUCGUGUUCUCGUGCUACUUCACGCACGCGGUGGUCCCGAGGCUCAGGGGCGAGGUGAGCUGCCGCCUGGCCGCCCCGCUAUCGCGGGCGCUGGCAAGCGCCAGCUGGUCGGUCGAGGUGGAGGAGGCUGAGCUGGGCACGAGGAGCGAGAAGGGGAUCAACCUGUUGCCUUCGUGCAAGGCUUCGGGUGGCCACCAUGGGCCCGGAAGGUGACGAGGGCGCAGACCCUCAAGGCAGGCGGGCUGCCCCCGAAGGCCCACUACGUUCAAGCUGGCAGACAACAACGAGACGAGACGGCUGUCGCACGGUGCACGUGCUGCAUCCCAGGAUGGAUAUGGUUGGACUUCGUGCCCCUCUCCGCGCAAGUCCUGGAAGAGGGCCGAGGGCCGAGCAGAACGGCCAAGCCUGAGUUGGGCACCUCCACUGGGCGCUCCCUCCCCUCCCCCUCCUCCUCCUCCUCCUCUUACCCUGGCAUCUGGCGCGUCGUGUGAAAAUCAAGGCGGGCCUUUUCGCCCCGUCUGUGCCACCAGGAGCUACGGGGUCCUGAGUGGGAGGGGGCCUGGGGGAGUCCGCCGUUC